AUGUUCUCUCCUGACGCCGGCGCAUCAUCCCUGGGGCGCCCCGGACCGCAGGCCGCGCAUCGCCGCCGGAGCCCGGCUUCCUCCAGCUCCUGGCGCCGCCGCCGGCCCAGGCUGCGUCAGGACGUGCGCGCGCCCGCCGUUUUCUACGCCGCCCAACGUGACCCCGCCCCCACCGUCCCGCACGCUGCCGCCGGGCGCGCGAGCCGGCAGGGCGGGGACCUAGGGAGAGGCGAGUGCAGCCGGGCCCAGUCCGCGGGGUGGGCGCGCCCGGGACGCGCCGAGUCCUGCUCUGGCGGGCGAGGGGCGGCUGCCUGGGGAGGGGCGGGGCGGGAGCUGGAGAGACCGAGCCCUGGCCGCCCCUCGGCUGCCGCGUCCCUCUCCGGUAAGGGGAGCCCUUCCCCGCCUCAGGGCCGGAGACCGGCUCCCUCCCGGGACAGAGGUUGGCACGUGUGUUCCGGAGAAGGUGAAGUCAGCCCGGCACCGCGGGAGGAGGCUAGAUCACUAAAUCACCUGGUCCUGUUGGGGCUGCUGUCGGUGAGCAGCGACAUUCUGCCCGUAGAGGACUCGGCUCGGCCUGGCACGCUCAAGAUGUUAGCUGCCGGUAUCAUCACCACCAUUACCACGACCGCCGUCACACCAGCAGCAUCCCAGAGACAAAGUCUCCCUGUGUUGCCCAGGCUGGUUUCCAACUCCCAAACUCAAGCAAGCCUUCUGCCUCAGCCUCCCAGAGCGCUGGGAUUACAGCGAGUCCCUGGUGGUCGCAGCCUGGGUUUCGAAGGAGGCUUCCUCUGGAAACAGGCACAGAGUAUCAUAACCUGAAGCUGCCACUUCUCUUCCACGUGAAGUCCUCACUGUCCUGGGUUUUGGAACAUGUGUGCACCCACCAUAAGCCAGGAGUGGCUUGAGACGAUCCGAGGUCCAGCUCCUGUGAGUGGAGAGCGGGUCUGGGCACCCCAUGCUUGGCUCCAGUCCAGCGUUCAGCAGCCUCUUCUGAUCUCACUCAUGUCUGUUUGCUUCAUACCAUGUCCUGUCCUUCACCUCCUGCCCGCUCCAGACCCCUGGGGCCUGAUGUCUGGCCUGUACCUGGUAGGAGAGAUGCUUUGAGCCCUGGAGGAGGUGUUCUCAUUAUACUAUUAGACAUCUUUUGGGCAGCAGAAACUCAGGAUUAGAGACUGCACUGUUUAAUCACUAUGUGAUAAAUGUACGUAAUACUUGAAAAGUGGCCUUGAAAAAUCAUGUGUAUCUUUGUCAUGCAUUCUAUAUAGCCUCAAUGGGAGUGAGACCAUCUGAGUUUAUGUGGGUCUGUUCUCAUGAAUGUGUGCUUCAAGAGCAUUAUCUUCUGUCUACAGUCUCUUCCUUUAUGAUAUUGUCACCUGGGAGGCAUGACAGUCCCUGACACUCCCUAAUGUGGUCAACUGGGUUAACUUGUCAAGAGUGGAGACCCCAGGGAUGCCUGCUAGGAUCAUUGAGAAGCAUGGGGGUCCUCAUGCUUCAUUUGCAGGGACCCUAAGCCUGAGAAGUGGGUCUCGCCUUGACUACGUGAUUGGGCUUGGGCACACAAGGAAUCACCUGCCAUCAGGCCACUGCCAGCUCAGUAGGUGCACUCUGUGUGACGAACAGGGACCGGAGAGCAGAGGCAAUGGGUCUCAUUAAUUCCACAUCUAGGGAAGAGGUUUGUUUCAGGUUCCAUUCCUCCUCAAACCUGAUGCUCUCCUUUCCGGAUAAACAAGAGGAGCGCAUAGGUGUGGGGGGUUCCCAGGCUCUGGUGGACUGUGUCUGUGUCUCCAUCCAUUGGCCUCUCCUUCUCCACUCUGUGGGCUCAGCUCUCAACUGUUGUUCAUCUAAUCGCUCAUCCACCUGCCUGCUGCAAUGAGGAUGAGGCUUCCCAGAGCCAGCCUCAUGCUCCUGCUACUUCAAGGGAAAUGAGCUUCAACGCCCUACCUUGACACCCCCCACCACCACACACACUUCAGACACAGUGGCGCCCACAACAGACCCCUGGGGGCUUUUUUGGGACACCACACAUAUUUCAGAAGAACUGGGCCUCUCAUCUCACCUGGACCGACCUGGGAGCCUUCUUGUGCCUUCCUGCCUUUGUCAUUCAUCUUUUACUACAGACAAUUGUCGUUCCUCCUGGUUCAUGUAGGACCAUCCUUUUUGCGUUCCGCAGGCUCCUGAUGCUCACGAAGCAUCUCCUGGAUCCUGGGAAUCUUUCUGGUCUCUGGUGUGGACUGGAAUCGCAGCUUUGGUUUCCCCCACAUUUCCACUGCAGGGAAGUGAAGGAAGGAGGAAGAAUUCAUUAGAAAAUGUGAGCGAAUUUCUCUUUGGAAGAACAGCUUCCCCUCCCCACCAUAGUCUCUGAUCACUCCUUAGCAUUUAAAACGAACAAAUACACCUACACAGACAUUUCCUAGUAUGAAGCUUAAGUUCCUGGGAAUAUCUCUCGUGUUGCAUACACAUGAAAUUCAUGCACCUCAGCUGCACAGCCUUAUCACAGUCAAUGGCUGCCUCAGGAGAGGCCUUGAGGUACAUUUCAUACUGUGUGUGUGUGUGUGUUUAUAUUUACAACUUUUAUUACUUUUUCUCCCAAAAAUACAUAUAAAUGAAAACCUGCUCUUCAAAUGCAGGGAGGCCUUUGCCUAACAUUGUCAUAUGGAAAUCAGUAUCAACCCUAUAGUCCCAGCUACUCAGGAGGCUGAGGCAGGAGAAUUGCCUGAACCCAGGAGGCAGAGGUUGCGGUGAGCCGAGACCGCGCCAUUGCACCCC